AUGGAAGUGGCCAUUAAGGUGGUCGUUGUCGGCAAUGGAGCUGUUGGCAAAUCCAGUAUGAUCCAGCGUUACUGCAAAGGAAUCUUCACAAAGGACUAUAAGAAAACUAUUGGAGUGGAUUUUCUUGAACGGCAAAUUGUUGUAAACAAUGAAGAUGUGCGGCUGAUGUUGUGGGACACAGCUGGACAAGAAGAGUUUGAUGCUAUUACAAAGGCCUACUACCGAGGUGCCCAAGCGUGUGUGCUCGUCUUCUCCACCACAGACCGAGAGUCUUUUAUGACCAUUGACAGUUGGAAGGAGAAAGUGGAGGCAGAAGUGGGAGACAUUCCAACUGUUUUAGUGCAGAACAAGAUAGAUUUACUCGAAGAGACUGUUGUUAAAAAUGAAGAAGCGGAGGGACUAGCUAAAAGGCUAAAACUGCGCUUUUACCGGGCUUCAGUUAAAGAAGAUCUGAAUGUAAACGAAGUUUUUAAAUACUUGGCUGAAAAAUAUCUACAGAGACUAAAACAACAAACAGCAGAAGAGACAGAGGUGGUUCACACAACAAGCAAUAAAAUAGGUGUAUUUAAUACCACUAGUAAUGCUUGCAGUCAAAGCCCCAAUGGCAGAGAGAUUAUCACUUUGCGACCUAGCAAGCAAAGGACCAAGAAGACUAAAAAUCCAUUUGGAAGCUGCAGUGUCUUCUAA